CAGCGCAACAAAGCGAAUAAAGUGAACGUCGCGAGUGAAAAGCAGUGAAAAUUCAGCGAAAAUGUCUCUGAUGCCGUAUUGGUUACGCCAUUUGAGGAACAGCGCGUACCGAGACCCGCUCACGAGGUUGCUGGAAGACCCCUUCGCGGUGUUCGCGAGGGAUCCCUUCUUCCGUGACCCAAUGAAGUUCAUGAAGCAAGUGACAGCGCCGCUGCAGAACGAGCUCCAUGGCAUCGAGGGCGUGUACUCUGACUCGGAGGUGAAGGUAGACGGGAAGAAGGUGGAAGUGCAUCUGGACGUGCAGAACUUCAGCCCGGAGCAGAUCCAAGUGAAGACUGUGGGGAACGAGAUCAUGGUCGAGGGGAAAAAAGAAAUAAAGAAGGAAGACGGAUGGACGAGGAGCCACUUCGAGAGGCGCUUCUUACUACCGGAAGGAUUCCCUCCUGAGCGCGUGGAGUGUCACCUCGACAAGGGCAAGCUCAAGCUGAUUGCCUUCAGGUCGGAGCCAGUGGAAGAGAGGGCCAUCCCCAUCCAAGAUAAAUCUUCAGAGAAGAUAUCUGAUAAGUAGGCUGGUGUAGAAUUAGACUGAUUUAGGUUAGAAUCUUUUUUCCUGUGAUUUUUAAUUUAAUAAUAAAAGUUUCGGUUUACUUUUCA